AUGCACGCUUCAUUCUUCACCGCCAGACUCGUUGCGCUUGCCGCUAUUGCCUCAGUUGUUUCUGGUCAGGGACUCCCCGCUGGUUGUGACCGUAAUGCAACUGUUCAAUCUGGAGAUACAUGUGAUGCAAUAUCCGCAAGAGACAACGUUUCCACCUGGCGACAGUCAACAGCGGAAUUAUUGACCCCGGUUGCGAUAAUUUGUUUAUCGGAGAGGGUUUUAUGCCUUGGAAUCAGCGGCCAGGAUUGCAAUGUUACCUACGUUAUGCAGACCGGUGACACGUGCCAAAGCGUUGCCAAUGCGGCUGGUAUCCCGAUCAACACGUUGCUCGCGAACAACCCGAACGUGAAUACCAACUGCACUAACGCGUACCCUGGCGAGGUUCUCUGCACUGCGAGCCAGAUCUAUGUGAACACCACCCAGUGA